UGCUCGUCGAACGGCGCUGUGCUGCGACGGGACCAUGCCGCCGCGCCCUGCACCACCGAUCAACCGAUCACAGAUUUUAUAACCGGUCGCCCUGCGCCGAUAGGAAUUGAUGGCCGGGUUGCGUUCGUUGCGUCGAGUAUCGACGCUAGACCGUUGGCAUCCACGCGUCGAUGAUCUACAUGCGAUCGACGCGUACGAUCGAUCCUUCCUGGACGAGAUUUUCCAACAAAUUCGAAUCUCAUCGAGACGUUACCAAAGCCGUAACAUCGGAUCUGCCGAUCGCGAGAUCAUCGGAGAGUCAAGGGAAUAAGGAAACUAGGAAAAGGAGAAAAGAUGACCGAGACAAUGUCCGAAGAUUACGAGGUAGUCUCGAGGAGCGACGGGUCGUGCGAGGACGCGGAAACACAAGCGGACUUUGGAAUGCCGGGUUGGGAAGCGGCGGUUGCUUCCUUCACUCUCGGAUUCAUCGUUCUAGCUACGGUUCUGGGCAAUUCAUUGGUAAUCCUGAGCGUCUUCACCUAUAGGCCCCUGAGAAUAGUCCAAAACUUUUUCAUCGUUUCACUUGCGGUAGCCGAUUUGGCCUUGGCGAUCCUUGUGAUGCCAUUCAACCUAGCUUACCUCCUUCUCGGUAAAUGGAUCUUUGGUAUACACUUUUGCAAGCUCUGGCUGACAUGCGACGUUCUCUGUUGCACCGCGAGCAUACUCAAUCUCUGCGCGAUAGCUCUCGAUCGUUAUUGGGCCAUUACCGAUCCGAUUAAUUACGCGCAGAAGCGUACGCUGAAGAGAGUUCUUGGAACGAUAGCCGGAGUUUGGCUUUUGUCCGGUGCCAUAAGCUCCCCACCUUUGGCAGGAUGGAACGAUUGGCCGGAAGAACUCGAGGACGACACGCCGUGUCAGCUUACCAGAAGGCAGGGCUACGUGAUUUAUUCGGCCCUCGGCUCCUUUUUCAUACCCCUAUUCCUGAUGAGCCUCGUUUAUCUCGAGAUAUUUCUCGCUACGAGAAGGAGAUUGCGCGAACGUGCUCGACAGAGCAGACUCGGUGCCGUUCAAUCUACGAGACACCGGGAGACCGACGACGCCGAGUCCGUAAGUUCCGAGACGAAUCACAACGAGAGAUCGACGCCACGGACGCACGCAAAGCCCUCGCUGAUCGACGACGAGCCGACCGAGGUGACGAUCGGCGGUGGUGGCGGUGGUGCCACCGGCAGCGUCACCGGCAAUUCUCGACGAAUCGCAUCUGCCAGCGGUGCUGGACAAACCCCACCUACCACCGCCACGGUCUACCAAUUCAUCGAGGAACGACAGAGAAUUUCUCUCUCGAAGGAGAGACGCGCCGCGAGAACGCUCGGCGUCAUCAUGGGCGUCUUCGUGGUUUGCUGGCUACCCUUCUUCCUCAUGUACGUCAUCGUCCCAUUCUGCCCGGCUUGCUGUCCCUCCAUCAGGCUCGUUUACAUCAUCACGUGGCUGGGUUAUCUCAACAGCGCUCUCAAUCCUCUCAUCUAUACCAUAUUCAAUCUCGACUACAGGCGAGCUUUCCGAAGGCUAUUGCGCAUUCGCUGAUUGUGAGAUCGAACUUUGAUUCUCCUCUGUCCAUUUCUCUUCUCCUCUCCUCUCCUCUCCUCUCCUCUCCUCUCCUCUCCUCUCCUCUCCUCUCCUCUUAUCUUUCUAUUUCCGUCUUCGCAUCGAGGCUGAUUCGACGACCAUCGUUGAUGCUCCUUCUUCUUCCUCCCGAAAAUCGAAACCGAAUUAUACGAGCGGAAGAAGAGCACGUCUAGUGAAAAAAGAACACUCUCCUUUGAUAUAGAGUAACGCGUUUAAAAGCAUUUCUCUUACCUUGAAACAAACUCAAGUACGUACACGGCAAAUUAUUCGGAUACGUUCGAGCUCUCCGGUGCACGUUGCGAAUAAUUAUGCGAUCUCUUUACUCGUCCCACCGGACGAUGCUUCCAUUAAUUUGCUCUGUUCGUUCGAAAAAUGACGCGGUAUUAAUCAAAUUCCUGCCGGAGAAAUUUUUUAGAGAAAAGGGCUUGGGAAUUGGGAAGAUAGAUGGGUAGAUAGACAGGUAGGUAGAUAGAUAGAUAGAUAGAUAGAUAGAGAGAGAGAGAGAGAGAGAGAGAGAGAGAGAGAGAGAGAGAGAGAAAGAGAGAGAGAAGCCUGACCGACAAAGAGAAAACGACUUUGAUCGGAUCGAAGAAAUACUUAUCGUGAAAUUAAGUAUCGACGGGCAGGAUAUAUUUGUCGACUUUGUUAAUUAAUCUCAUCACGUUUCUUCUUAUAUAUGUUCGUUAGUUCGAAUUAAAUCAUUGUUUUUCCUGAUAUUAAAGCGAUUCAUUUUAUAUCGCGACAUCUUUCGCGUUAAAUCGUUAAUUCGUUUUUGAGGCAAACUACGAAACUAGUUGUUUUAUCUCUUCGUAACGUUCGAAAUCAAUCGAAUAAUCGGAUCACGUCCGUUCCGAUAAUUUCUUUUUAUUCUCUUAUGAAAACUUAACAUCGAAAAUCCAUCGACCAUGAUAUCGGUCUAAUGAAAGCAUGCUGGGCUGGAAAAGGAACAGCCGUGCUUAAAAUCACAUUCUUGUCCAUUCGUAUUUACUCAUAUCCUUAAUGAUUUUCGAUAAUCUCAAAUUAUCUCAAAUUUUCGUUAAGAGAAAAUAACAUAAACGAACGCGCAUUUAAUAUGUAUUUAAUGCUUAAUCAAUUCGUCGUACCGUUCAAUUUUUAAACUUAAGAUUUAAAGUUUUAAAACGUAAGAUUACGAUUUAUUUUCAUGCAUAGGAGCUUGAAUGAAAACUUUGUUAUUUUUCUCGAUUGCUCGAUAAGGAUGGGCAAUUAACGUGGACUGUCUUUUGGAUUGAAAAGCAAAGAAAAUAGUAGUAAAAAUUUAAUUAGUUAAAAAGUCU